AUGCUCAUUCUCCCCGACCGCAAUCUCUGGAGGAUAGUAGAGAGCACCCACUACUUCCUACAAGUGCUACUGUUUUAUUCAAGAGACACACAUUCUAUUACUUCACCCCAAGUUUCCCCCAUUUACUUUGCGAUUAAUCUUUGGAUGUAGAGGCCUGGAGAGUCAAGCCGUUGAUUGAACCGCCAUUACAAAGAAAGUGAGCUCCCAUUGCUGCAUACCCGUCCGGUCGACCAGAUGGAGUGAUUUGAGAAUUAGCUAGGAGGAUUAACACGAUGCUAGCACACCUCUGCAUGCCUGUGAUAUGAACGACAUCUAUCCACGGCUUCACAGGGGCCAUAACUGUCCACGAAGCACGUGAUAUACGAGGAAUCCAUUCUUUGAGAGGUGAAGGUUAGUAGGCGUUAAUUGAACCUGAUUCCUUUUGCUACUUACCUGCUUAACACGCUUAACCAGAAUCCGGGCUGAAUACGAUGUGAUCCUUGACAACUUCUUGUCUUCUCACUUCAACCGAAAGAUUUCAAUUUAAUUCCGUGCACACCAGGAAAGCCUGUUUAUUUAGAGCUUGGUGGAUCAUCAAAAGUGUACUUUUUAUCAAGAUUACUUGAAACUGGAACACGGUUUAUCUUUGAUGGUCUAGCUUCGGAAUGAAGACGACCUGAUCAGGGAGUUUUAUGAUCUUCAAGGACUAUACUUAAUUCUGCCAGCCAAUAUGGAAGCUGUUAUUAAAGUUUUUGCUGCCAAGAAGUUUCCUGUGAAGAAAUCUUGGUUUGGUUUGAAACACGAGAAUCCUAAGGUCUUUUACAAGCCACAAUGGCGUCUUCCAGUUUGGUUCUUCCUCAGCUACCGGAUCUUUUCCACUUGUUACGUCAUCUCCUACUUCAUAUACGACUUGGUGUGUGGGAUCGCCAAGAACGGCAGCCGCCAUUUCAUCUAUCUCUCCACAUGGGAGAACUUUGCAUUUGAUUGCUACUUCGCCGUCGCUACCGCUAACCUGAUCGUUAGUCUGCGUAAGGACCAUUUGGAACGUUUAAAACAGGAACAAGAGCGAAAGAAACAGGGUAUCUUCCAAAGGUUUAUCAAGAAGUUCAAGAAGAAACCCAAGGAAACCAUCGCAGAGAAGAAAGACGAGGAAGAUGAAACACCACUGAGUUACAAGAUUCAAUGGUUCCUCUUUAAUACUACCGUGCCAAUGUCUAUCUUAGUCACAAUCAUCUACUGGACAACUCUUUACAUGACUCCAAAUGACCCUGAUCUCAUCAACAAAGCUAAAGUACAUGCCAUCACUAUGCUUCUCAGCUUCACUGAGCUCUUCAUUACAGCCACACCCGUGCGCUUCUGGCAUUUCAUCUACCCGAUCGCCUUCGACCUCAUCUUUGACUUUUUCUCCGUCAUCUACUGGGCUUGUGGUGGAACCAACGCAGAGGGCGAGCCAUACAUCUGGCCAUUCCUUGAUUACGGCAACGAGCCAGGCACCGCUGGUGGAGUGUCACUAGGGAUGAUCCUUUCCCUAUUGGUGCUUCAGGGUAUUAUGUAUGGGUUCUACAGACUUCGAUGUUGGUUGGCCAGCAAAUGCGGCAUGAACCCCGACCUGGACCUGGUCGGAAACGAGAAAGAUGGCUUAGUCCAAGGGCUCGUCGAGUCACCCUGUUGAACAACCGACAAUUCAUAGAAUUUAGGAAACAAGAAACGCUUGUAUAAUUUCUGUUGUUGGAGUUAAGAGAAGAUGGACCAUAAGUAACGGGAUGAUGACUCAGUAUGUGUACAUAUACUUACUAAAGAGUUAACAGUUUACAUGGCUUCUACUAAACGCAAAUCAGCUUCCAAAGAAAAAAAAUAAUGGCUCUUGCUGGCCUUUGCAUGGCACAGGUACCCGUGAUCAUGUGAUGGUAAACGCUCUUAGGGUAUAAUUCUUUGUAUAUAAUAAUGCUGCGAAAUAUCUUUGAAAUAGCACAAACUUUGUGUAUAAUCAUAAAAAUUAUUAUGAAGUAAAUUAAUAUAAUACAUGUUUCAACAUUCUGAAUAUUUUUGUUCAAAGGUAACUAUGAAAUGAGGCUAUCAUGAUUAUGUCAAGUGUAAUGAAAAUGGCAAUUUCUUCAUUAACUCGACCUACAGGCACCAAGUGACCCCUUCGAAUUGGUUUGAUGAGGUUUUGAGAACCAUAUCCAAUGCCGUCAGUUGUUUCCCUCAUCAAUAUCCUCACAUUAAGGAAUUAUACUAGUUAGGAUACUUUUUACCGUUAUAACGGAAACAUUCACCUUUAUCAUGUUUUAUAUAUCAUCGAGUAAAAUUAUACUGCAAAUAUGCCUUGCUCGGAUCAUUUAAUGUACAUGUAUAUAUUUUCUACCAAUUAUAAUUAUCAAAGAUUUGAAAUUUAUUAUGGUUAUGAUGCAUAGUUUUUUACGAUGUGCUGAAAACAACAUUGAUAAGGAAUCAAUUCUUAAACUGCUUCAAUAUCAUGAAAGCAGAAUGAGAAAAGAAUGAAAAAUUGGAUGUACAAUAUAAUAGAAUUUAUACAGCUAUCCUUCUCAUCGUCACCAGCACGUCUCUUUCGACAUUGUAACCUUUCAUCAUAUUGUUUAUCUUUCCAUCAUGAUCACAAUCAAGGUCAUAAUCACCCGUGAUUAUCCUCUACCUUUCCUCCUUUGGCAAUUAUUUCUGUUUUUAAACUCUUUCUUCUGUCAUUCAAUCAUCCCCUUCUUUCUUCUCCAUCAUUUGCUGCUUCUGCCUGUUAACCUUCGCCUUCACAAAUCUCGUCAUUGUCAUAAUGAUUAUAAUUGUCAUUACUAUUAAAUUUCAUCAUCAUUUCUUUCAUACUCGCAUUACCCCAUACCAUGUAUUUAAUACUAAAGCUUCAACCGCAUACAUUUUAAAUAUAUUCAAUCGAUGCAUCUCUUUCAUCAUAAGGAUUCAUGAACAUUAUCGUUUCAAUCUUUUAUAAAUCAGUAUUGCUGGCUGAUACUCACUUUAUUGCGCUAUAAUAUUUUAGUUAUUGUUAUUAUGAAGUGUAUCCCAUAUGUAUUGUAUGUAUACAAGUAUACAUUAUAUUGUCAAGUGUAUGUAAUAAAAUAUUUUCAGAUAUAUUUUUUAUUUUCUUGCUAUAUACCACUUCUGUCAAAUACUAGAUAGAAAGCAAUAAAAUAAUUUUUACAUUCAUUCAGUUUAUUGCAUCAUGAAUGGAUAAGCGUUUCCUUCUGCAUAUUCCAAAAUAUACAUUUAAUACGAAGUACAGUAUAAAAUCGUUUGUAAUAAAAAUACAGAUAUCCAUCCAAAGUACUAUUAAAUGAUUUGAGUACAAACGCAUAAAGACAAUAUAGAAUAAAUUUUGUUCUAUAAGAAAAUACUCAUAAUUUUGAAAUAUCAGACAACAUUCACAACACUAAACCAAUUACCUUGACAUUGGAAUGCAAUCAUCUAAAAACACAUACUGUAACAAAAAUUCAUAUAUAUAUAUUCUUUAAGAAUGAAAUGAAGACUGUACAU